AUGGGUGAGCCCGGUUCAGUCGUUCCAAAGAAUUCCGGAAUCACGGUGGUGAAAAACGAUGAUAAUGACUUGGUUCCAACUAGAAUCCAGACCGGUUGGAGAGUUUGCAUUGACUACCGAAAGCUCAACUGUUAUAACCAGAUUGUAAUAGCUCCGGAAGAUCAAGAAAAGACAACAUUUACUUGUCCUUUUGGCACUUUUGCGUAUAGACAUUAUGUGGAAAGCAUCAUAGAAGUGUUUAUGGAUGAUUUUAGCGUGUAUGGUGAUUCUUUUGACAAGUGCUUAGAUAACCUUGCACUUAUUCUUAAACGAUGCGUAGAAACUAAUCUUGUGCUUAAUUGGGAAAAGUGUCACCUUAUGAAAGAUGUGGCCUUUGAUUGUGACAAGGAAUACAAGGAAGCUUUUGACACCUUGAAAGAGUUGUUGACUACCGCACCAAUUAUCAAACCACCGGACUAG